UUCUGACAGCUGUCAAUAAUUCAACUACAUAUCGCGCUUUUUUGUUGAUAACUAUUGAUCAAACAACUUAACAAGAAACUCAAAAAUGGCCCAAAAACCGUCAAUUUUGCCGUCGAGAAAGAAGUCUGGUCCAAAAUUCGAGCUCAGUGCCGAGCAAAAAAACGAUAUUAAAGAGGCAUUCGAUUUGUUUGACACGGAAAAAUCCGGCGAAAUCGAUACAAAAGACCUUAAAGUAGCCAUUAGGGCGUUGGGUUUUGAACCAAAGAAGGAGGAAAUAAAAAAAAUGAUUGCAGAUGUCGACAAAAAUUCAUCGGGUAAAAUAAGUUACGAUGAUUUUCUUCAGUUAAUGUCCACGAAGAUGGCGGAAAAAGACACUAAGGAGGAGAUUUUGAAGGCUUUCAGAUUAUUUGAUGAAGAUGAUAAAGGUGCGAUCACGAUGAGGGAUUUAAAACGUGUUGCACAAGAAUUGGGGGAGACUCUAACCAGUGAUGAACUUCAAGAGAUGAUUGAUGAAGCUGAUAGAGAUGGGGAUGGGGAAAUUAAUCAGGAGGAAUUUUUGAGGAUCAUGAAAAAAACCAGUUUGUAUUAAGUUGCACCACUAUCAUAUCACCAUUGUGUGUUUUCAUGUAUACAUAUUUAUAUACUGUAUUUUUUAUACUAUUUGUUUUUGUUUAAUCAAAGAAAAUUGAUUUUUGUACAUAUUUAUUAUAGAUUAACGUAUAUUUUAGUCUUAUGUGUUUUGAGCGUACUUAUUGUUAAAAAUAUAUGUUAGGAUGUGAUUUGUUCUUUCACUGAACCAUCGGACAUUCCAAAGUAAGCUUUUGAAGCAAUUCCUAUGAAUAACCCUGUUUCCACAACCCCAGGAAUUUGGAUUAUGUCCAAGUUAACAUUCGGCCAAUCAAAAGUGGAUUUAUAAUCAACCCAGUCCAAAAUAAAGUUGCCAUUGUCUGUGAUGACAGGCCCGGCUUUUUUCACAGCCAUUCUCAAGCUAACUGAACCUCCAUACUUCUUUUCGAUCUUAUUUUUAAUCGGUACGUAACCUAAAGGCGACACUUCAAUGGGAAUGCCUUUUUUGUAUUGCUCGCCCAAACACUGCGAAUUCUUCGUGUAAUCCGCAAUCACAACCAUGGAUUUUGAGCAGGACGCAACAAUUUUUUCCUGCAAUAAACAGCCACCUCCACCUUUUAUCAGAUUGAGGUUAGAAUCCACCUCGUCGGCGCCGUCGAUUGUUACAUCGAUCUCCGGAUGGGUGUCUAGAUCGGAUAACUUCAAUUUGUUGCUGAGGAUCAACUGUCUCGCUUGGAACGAAGUUGGCACGCAAACGACGUCGAGGUUCUCUUGUUUUACGCGUUCCGACAGCCUUUCCACGGCGUACACGAUCGUGGAGCCGCUUCCCACGCCGACUAUGUUUCCGUUGGAGACGUGAUUGUCAACUGCCUUGCGGGCAGCGAUUUUUUUCGCGGUUUCCAGGCUUGACAUUGUCAAAGUUCGCGUCAAAAAUGCGGAUAAUGUUUUCACUCCGGUUUUUGAAAACAUUUGGUGCG